AUGCAAAGAUGGGCUUUGUUAUUGUCUGCUCAUACCUAUGACAUCAAGUACCAGAAGUCAGAAUUGCACAGAAACGCAGAUGGACUGUCCAGAUUGCCUCUCGCUGACCAAGUAAAAGAAACAAAAGUAGCUGAAAUUUUCUACUUUAGCCAAGUGGAAAGGACCCCAAUAACAGCUGCACAAGUGCGCAAGGGCACACGUAAUGAUCCUGUCUUGUCCAAGGUCAUGGAUAUCGUCAUGACAGGAAAAGAUGAGAACCAUGACCUAGAGCUAAAACCAUAUCUUACUCGACGUCAUGAACUCUCAGUGCAGACAGGCUGUUUAUUGUGGGGAAGGAGAGUGAUCAUUCCACCAACAUUGCGCAAAUCAGUGUUAAAACAGCUGCAUGCGGGACACUGUGGAAUGGUCCGCAUGAAGGAGAUUGCCAGGAGUUACUUCUGGUGGCCAGGAGUGGAUCGAGAAAUUGAAGAGAAGGCAAGAACAUGUACGUCAUGUCAAAGCAUACGCAACGUACCACAACUGGCACCGCUGCACCCCUGGGAAUAUCCAGAGAAACCGUGGCAUCGCAUUCAUGCUGAUUUUGCAGGUCCGGUCGAGGACAAAAUGCUGCUGGUCGUCAUUGAUGCACACAGUAAGUGGCCUGAAGUAGCCAUAAUGAAAUCUACGUCAGCAGAAAAGACCAUUGAGAAGUUGGGAGAAAUUUUCAGUAGAUUUGGACCACCAGUGCAGUUUGUUUCUGACAAUGGACCUCAAUUUAUCUCGCAUGAGAUGGGCACAUUUCUACUUGCAAAUGGAGUGCAACAUAUCAAGUCAUCACCCUACCAUCCUGCAACAAAUGGGCUUGCGGAGAGGUUCGUGCAGACCAUGAACCAUGCUUUAAAAGCUUCAAUUGGACAAGGCACAUUGCAUCAACGCCUUCAUAACUUCUUGCUGUGCUAUCGCAGUACUCCACACGCAACUACCAAAGUGUCACCAGCCUACUUGUUGUUUAAUCGAGAGCUCAGGACAAGCUUUGAGGUACUUAAACCAGCAACACUCAAAGAAACGGUCCUACAACAACAAGAAAAUCAGGUACAGCGACGGAAACUGCGAGCCAAAGACAGAUCCUUUUUGAUAGGCUCAUCGGUGCUGGCCCGGAACUAUGGCACCGGUCCAAAAUGGGUUCCAGCUACUGUGGAAACCCAGACGGGUCCCGUGUCCUACAGGGUUAAAACUGCUGGUAAUCUUCUAUGGAGGAGACAUACUGAUCAGUUACUGAGUGGAGCCAGUACAUUCACUGACCUUCCUGAAGGUACCGACGUCUGUGAUUCAGUUGGCAGCUCACCAGCUUCUGCGACUGUCACUACAGAGCCUAGCAAGAUUACAGAUUCCCCACCUACUAAAGAACUGUCACCUCCUGUUGUUUCGACUGAAAAUGGGGACCAAGUAAGCCGCCGGUAUCCAAUAAGAGAGCGACGUCAACCUCAGCGUUUUUUGGAUUAUACUUAG